GCGUCUCCCUAUGACCAUUACUCUCUUCUAGCAGUAGCAGUCAUAACCUGGCUUCAACUCAAAACAAAUUAGGUUAAUCAAAUUCGCUCGAUUGCAAUUCAGCAGUGUAUGAUGAUAUUGCGGACGUGCUCUUAUGUGCAUCUCUACUCGGGUUCCGUUAGUAUAUGGUAUAAGACACGCAUAUUGGUUUAGGUUUAACAUUUGUGUUGGUCUCUCAGGUGAGCUUAACCAUAGCUCAAUAAUCAAAUUAGUAAAGUAGUUCUUCAUUCUAGUAGUACAUCUUUAUAAAAACAAAAAAUUGAUAAUUAUUCGUGUAAAAUAUCUUCUUCAUUUCUGUUCGAUGCGCAGAAGGGUUUAAUACAAAAAAAAACAACACUUUAAUCCCUGAUGAUUUUAACUGAUUUACUCUGCUUGCAGGGAGGAAUAAUGCUUUGUUAUUUGUUUACCAUCCUACAACUUUCCAACGAACUUGCCUGAUACACUUUUCAUUUUUAGCUACAGUGAGCCCGGGCACACGGUUUGCCGUUGUGCAACACUGAAUGGUUAAUUGAGUAACAUGGCUUUCGCGCUGUGCCGUUGGGAGUAAGCAGGUGGCUGGUUGAAUCAUAAAUUAUGCUUUGGUUAUGAUUACGUUAGCUUUUCCAAAAGUGUGACCAAAUGGCCAAACGCUGUAAGGCAAACGAUCAACUGCAUUAGACGGCGGAUGGCGGCAUGUUUGAGAGUUUCGAGACUAGCUAUCAACUCUUGUUUCCAAAGCAUGUUUUGUUUGUUUUUUAAUAUAUAAGAUUUGUAAUACUAAGACCAUGAAAUGAGUGUUUUUCAACAAUUGAUGAACGAGCAUAUAUUGGUGCAUAUUCAGCAGAAUAAAAUAUUCGUAUAAGCAUAAGGAAAGAGAGCUACACCCAACUAUACAUUCUUGCUGUUGACACAUAAACGGCACUCCCUUUCGGCUGGAACGGUUGAAACGCUACAAAAUGACUUCGUCUUACGAACGUAUCAAAUCAGAAUGCAAACAGAAGGGCGUACUAUGGGAGGACGAAGAUUUCCCGGCCACACAAUCGUCCGUCUUCUACCACCAAACGCCACCGUUCACCUUCCAAUGGAAAAGACCGCACGAGAUCGUUUCAAAUCCGGUAUUCGUCAACGAUGCGUCCGCACAGUUCGAUAUCGUGCCCGGUAAGAUGGGCGAUCGGUGGCUGGUGUCGUGUUUGGGUGUACUGUAUCUAUCCAAGGGUUUGUUUUACCGGGUUGUACCUGCGGAUCAGAACUUCGACAAACCGUACUAUGGUGUGUUUCGCUUUCGGCUUUGGUGGUGUGGCGAAUGGCUGGAAGUGCUGGUCGAUGAUCGAUUGCCCACAAUAAACGGCAAGCUGGCCUUCCUACAGGCACAGAACACCAACUCCUUCUGGCCCGGUUUGCUAGAGAAAGCAUACGCAAAAUUGCAUGGAUCUUACGAGGCGCUGAAGUAUGGUACGCUGCUUGACGGAUUGGCUGAUUUGACCGGUGGCAUCACUGAGUCGAUAUCGAUCAAAAUGGACAGCAACAUCCUCAUACGGCCACCGCUUCUGCAUAACCUCCUGGAUACAACUAGCAUCAUCACCUGCACGAUCAACAAUGGUACCAUGACACAGAUUCGUAACCAAACAGAAGCUUUGCCGAAUGGCAUCCACGUGGGAAUUAAUUACCGUCUUUGUUCGAUGGACAAGGCUGAAACUAUCAUGGGCGACACAGUGCAGCUAGUACGGCUGCGAAACCCUUUGGCUCAAACGCUCAGCAAAUCUUCAAGCUUUAACGGUGACUGGUCGUCAUUUUCCAGUUCCUGGGAACGCGUUACGAUGAAUGAACGGAAUCGUUUGAUCGAGCAGCUCGAUCAGGGCGAGUUCUGGAUGUCGUUUUUCGAUAUGACGCAAACUUUCACGCACCUUGAGUGCGUCCAUCUUGACUCGGAUACGGCUAGGGAUGAGCCUCAGCUGGCGGAUAAGAGUCGCCGUUGGCUAAUGCGACUGUACCAGGGUGCAUGGAAGCGAGGUGUUACGGCUGGCGGUUGUCGCAAUAAUCCGGACUCAUUCCAUAUCAACCCACAGCUGCAGCUGUUUCUUAGCGAAAAGGAAGACGUAAUCAUCUCAGUCAAUCAACACAGCGUGCUGGAACCGAAAGUCAUCGGAUUUACCGUAUACAAUCUAAAUAGUUUGCAAAAUAUCAAUGGAUGUCUAUCGAAGAAUUUCUUCAAAAAGCAUAAAAGCUUAGUCAACUCCCAAUACACCAACUCGCGACAGAUAAGUCAUCGGUGUUCGCUUGAUCCUGGACGGUAUCUCAUUAUGGCCACCACAUUUGAACCGGCAGAAGAAGCGUCCUUCAGUGUGAGGGUGCUAGGUAGUACCAUUCGGUUGGCUCUUCUCGAAACACAGACCAUGCUCUUGCUGGAUCCUUUCCCUCUACUGAAUUCCAACACAAAGAUCACGAUCGAUUCUUCUAAUAACAACAACAACAACAACAAUGGUAUCGCAUGCAGCACGGCACAGUAUGAACCCGUGUUUAUGCAGCUUGCGGACGAUCAAAGGACAUUGAAUUGCUUUGAUCUCCAAGAAUUGCUCGAAGCGUGCCUUCCUAAUGAUUAUAUUCGAAGCUGUGCCAGUAUAGACGUUUGUCGACAAGUGGUUUGUUUGAUGGAUAAAACGAAUCGUGGCCGUAUAAAUUUCAAUGAUUUCAACAAGUUCAUGAUCAACCUGAAAACCUGGUGGGGAGUUUUCAAGAUGCAUACGAAAGAAAAAUCGGGCAUACUAAAAGCAGAACGAUUGCGGGACGCACUGUUCGAUGUCGGAUUCCAGCUCAGCACUGAUAACAUUUCCAUCCUUAUCUUACGAUACAUGCGAAGGGAUGGAACACUUCGACUGGCUGAUUUUAUAUCUGCCAUCCUGCAUCUAACUAUGGCUUUCGAGUUAUUUAAAGCAAAGGAUACGAAUCAGGAUGGUAUCAUUAGCAUGGGAAUGACUGAGUGGAUUAAAUCCGUCUUUAUGUGCUAAAGCAGACACAAAGAGCACUUGAGUGCCAGCACAACAUAUCUAAUAUGAAGUCAUUUCGGAACCGACCAUCAGGAUCAACGAUCAGCAUUAUGCCGAACACCAUUCAAAUUAUGAUUUGCAAGGUGAUCAUCCGAAUCGGUUCUAACAUAAAAUCGUUUAUAUCGCAUACACACAUAAGCUCCGUAAUUCUAAGUGCAAUCAAAAUGAAAACUCUGCUGAAAUGUUAAACAUACUCCAUUGUGUAAUAUAGUUUCUGUAAAACAUUUUGCUUAGGUAAGACACUUCUGAUGUGAAGAACCGUAACCAUAAUUUAUAUUUUGUUGUUGUUGUUGUUGUUGUACGACUGACCAGCAGCUGGUGGAAGAAGAGUGCAUAACGCAACAUGAAGCAGUAAAAUUUCACCAAGCAAUGGAAUGCUCAAAAUCUCGUAUAAUUGAUGUAUUGUACCAGGAUUGUAAAUAAAUUAAAUCAAUUGACUCGGAGAAAAGUU